AUGAAAAACCUCGAUGCGCACAAGUACAUUAAAUUGGUGAAUUUUUUAAACAAGAAGAAAAAGUACCCUCAGUUUAAUUUUAAAUAUGUCAAAGGUGAAGAUGGAUGUGACCUUCAGCUAGCCACUUAUGUAAAUACAAACAAAGGAAUGAUACGAAACGAUGCCUUAAGAUACACAAGUGACAGUGCAGUCUCGAAGAUACUUUCCAAUGUCGCCGAGCUUGGAAAUGAGUCGGUCGUUUCCUCGACGCAAAGCAAAGGGGUAGAAAGGAAAAAAAUCUUUGCAUCGAAUGUCACCAAAGAGAAGAGGAAUAACAACCUGGGUAGGGGUUCCCAAACGAAUGAUGAUUUAACGAUACAGAUAGGUUAUGCCAAUGGGGAGGAUAACCUCCGAAACGGUGCUAUUGCACCGUUAACAGGUUGCAAAAUGAAGCAGACAGGAUGGAGAAGGGUAGACGUACCAUAUGAUGAUGGACUGGGACAGGCUAGUCAACAAAAGGAGGACCAGGUUAAUUCCAAAGUGAUGCGAAUGCAUUGUAACGGGGCAUCAUACGAAGAUGCUAAUGCGACCGACAGGCGAAGCAAUUUACACAGAAAUGGCGAAGUGAACAAAUUUGAGUUUUUGCAAAAGAGGGAAUCCCCCCGAGAUGGGUGUGCCAUGGAAAGGGGGCAAAUACACACGGAUGAGAAACUCACCCAUUUAGGGUUUAACCACCGAGGGGGUCGUUACACCGUUAGUAAUGGCGACGAAGGGGGUUACGACGCGGGUGAGAAGAAUCGAGAUGUCAAUACUCUCCAAGGAGAAGACAUCACACAAAGAGAAGAGUUAACUAGCGAGGAAAAUUUUGCCAAGGUGAAAAUUACCAAGGAAAAUAUUAUAAUCAUGGAUAAGUUGAAGGAAGAGGGGAGAAAGGGAAAAAAAACGAAGAAAAUGACCAUGACAGAGGAGAACGAAAAUGUGGAUGAUCAUGUAGAGACGCAAGGGACCACCGUCAGAAGCGAUGGCCAGGAAAAAUGCUUCAAGGUGCAAGAGACAGAAGGAGGAGCAGAAGAAACAGCUGGUAGCAGUGAGGGAGGAGACAACGAUGACGUGGCAGGAGACAGGCAGAAGAAACUAUGUGAUGAUAAUCCAAAUGAGGAACAACAGGAAGAUACCGAAAAAGACAAUAUAAAUUUUCAAAUGAAGAAUGCCAAGGUGAAUAAGAAAUGCCUCUACCCACAUGAAAUUGUAGAAUAUUUAAACAAAUAUAUUAUAGGACAAACGGAAGCAAAGAAAGUUGUCGCAAAUGCAUUGAGACAGAGGUGGAGAAGGAUACAAGUCGAUGACGACAUGAAGAAGGACAUCAUUCCAAAGAACAUAUUAAUGAUAGGGCCAACUGGUGUUGGCAAAACGGAGAUAGCAAGAAGAAUUUCGAUGUUUGUUGAUGCACCAUUUAUCAAAGUGGAAGCGACAAAGUUUACUGAAGUGGGGUUUCACGGAAAAGAUGUCGACCAGAUUAUUAAAGACUUAGUCGAAAUAGCGGUGAAGAGACAAAAAACCAAGUUCGAAAUUGAGAUAAGGGAACAGGCACAAGAGGCGGUGGAAAAUAUCAUUUUGUAUUCCCUACUGGGAAACAUAAAAGAGGAGGAGAAAAACAUUUGGAGAAAAUAUUUAAAAGAUGGCUCCCUAGACGACAAGGUUGUCAGUAUCGACAUUCCCAACUAUGUAAAUAACAACAUGUUUUCUAACGACUCAGUUGAGAAUGCAGUGAAGGAAGCGCUAAGCAAUCACCAAAAUAUUAAAAGCGUCAAAAUUAUCCACCAGAAUAUUAACAAACAGAAUGAUAAGAAGACCAUGACUAUACGAGAAGCCAAACAGAAACUGUUGCAGUUGGAAAUCGACUCCUCGAUGAACCAGGACGUUAUCUUAAAAACAGCUAUCAGCUCCGUAGAAGAAGAAGGAAUCGUGUUCAUUGACGAAAUUGACAAAAUUUGUUCCAAAUCGAAUUCGUCUUACAAUGGACCAGAUGCAAGUGCGGAGGGGGUUCAGAGGGAUUUACUGCCCCUCAUAGAAGGAUGCGUAAUUAACACCAAGUAUGGAAAUAUCAACACGAACUAUAUUUUGUUUAUCGCUUCGGGGGCCUUCCAGAGAGUUAAGCCGAAUGACAUGCUAAAUGAGCUGCAGGGAAGAUUGCCCGUCCAUGUGAACCUCUCCAGUUUGACCAUAAAAGAUUUUAUUGAAAUAUUGACAAAGACACAUAAUAAUUUGUUGCAACAGAAUAUUGCCCUGUUGAAAACGGAAGGCAUCGAUCUGCAGUUUACGGAUGAUGCCAUUGAAACCAUUGCAAAUGCCGCACAUGACAUGAACUUUUACGUGGAGAACAUCGGCGUGCGGAGACUGCAUACCAUCAUAGAGAGAAUCAUGGAGGAUAUCAACUACGACGUUUACAAUUAUGUGAACAAGAGUAUCGUCAUCGACAAGGAGAAGGUGAAGAAGUCCCUCGAGGGAUUCAUUAAGCAGUUCGACUUGAAGAAGUACAUCAUUUGA